AUGAUGGAUGAAAGUACAAAUGAUAUCGAACCUCAAGAGCAAACGUCAAAAUAUAAGAUAAAAUCUUUGGUGACAUUCACUCCUCCUCAUACGACAAAACCAUUCUUGGCACAUCCACAACAUCUGAUCGCACUUCAAGCGAAUGCAUUAUCAUUGCCUCAUACAUUCUUACCAAUAAGCCCACCAUACUUGGAAUCGUAUCGUUCUUUGAUCACGUCCCAGAAAGUACCCUACUUGGCAACGGGUGAUAUAUUGGACGUAUGUAAUCAAUUUAUGGAUCGGGUGGUGGAAAACACCGACGUUAAAUUACUUCGACCGUUAUGGGAAAGAGAACGAAAUGAAUUGAUGGAACUGAUCUUUACUCAAAGUAAUUUUGAGAUAAUAAUCUCUUGUGUGAACUUGGAAAAAAUUCAUGAAAAAGUGGCUAGAAAGAUGGUCGGUAAGAUAUUAACCAGAGAGUUAUAUGAAGAGAUUAUUUUAAAACAAGACAACGUUGAUGGAUGCGGUGAAAUGGGUGAAUAUCAUAGUAUGGUUUUAAACGCUCCUUUGUUUAAGAAGAAAAUUGUCAUAAAAAAGGCUGAACAAAAAUUAUCUGAUGACGAAAAAUUUUUAUACUAUUUGAUCGAUGAAUGUGAAUCGAUCGACAAAGUGAAUUGA